AUGCAGUCUGCAGCAAAGAAGUCAAAAAAUGCCCUUAAAGUGGAAGUGUUUCGCGAGUACUGUGCCGGAAGCUCCAUCCACGGCGUACGUUACUUUGACCGGACGGAACGAACAUCUUGCGAAAGGUUCUGGUGGAUCAUUGUGUUUCUUCUGUCGAUGGCCGGUUGUGGAACGAUGAUUUUCAAGACCUACAUCAAAUGGAACCAGGCUCCAAUUAUAGUUUCCUUUUCUGAGAAAACUACGCCUGUUUGGGAAAUACAGUUUCCAGCCGUCACCAUCUGCCCGGAAACCAAGGUGCAGGCAGCCAAGCUAAAUUUAACCGCAGAAAUUAAUGCAUUGUAUGAUAACAGUGAUAAUUGGAAUAUUACUCACAAUGCCGACACUGUGGGUAAGCUCAAGGCUGUCGCGCAGGUGUGUAAUGCGAUGUUUCAAGACACAAAUUACGACCUAUCCUAUUUGAAUGGAACCGAUGAAAAGAACGUGGUGAACAUGCUGAGGAAUCUAUCGCUCGAUCGUGACAGAGUUAUCCCAUCAUGUCGCUUCAACGAUGUCCCACGAUCGUGCAAACGAUAUAUGAAGGAGACGGUCACCGAAAAUGGUCUCUGCUACUCGUUCAACAUGUUGCCCGAGGAAGAAAUAUUUCAUAAGAAUGCCUUACACAACGAGCAUACGUACAUGGAGGAUUGGUACGAUAACACCGAUGACGACGAGGAAGCUGGAUUGACGCAAGGCUAUAAACUUAUGCUGCAUGAAUCCAGCGAGUAUCCACAAGUUUCCAAACGUCACAUUCGCAUUCCAUUGGGUCACGAGAUGUCCAUUGCCAUGAAGCCACAGAUGAUGACCACGUCAAAGUCCGCCGCCGAUUACCAUUGGAGCAAACGACAAUGUUUCUUCGACAACGAGCGCCGCCUCAAAUUUUUCCAGAUCUACAACCAGGAAAACUGUGAGCUAGAAUGUCUGGCGAACAUAACACUGGCCGUGUGUGGUUGUGUUCGAUUCUCAAUGCCACGGGCACCAGACGUAGAUAGGCAAGCAAUCUACACCGUCUCAAAGUUGGAAAUUUACUUCAAAGAAUCGCACUUCAUCACAUCGCGACGGUCGGAGCUGUACGGAAUGGUCGACUUUCUAGCAAACUGUGGAGGUCUACUAGGUCUCUUUAUGGGCGUUAGCAUUCUCAGUCUGCUGGAAAUAUGCUACUACAUUACGAUUCGCCCGUUUUCCCUGAAGAAAAAGCGAAACCAAGGUUACGGUUCCGAGGAAAGGAACGAAAACAACAAACUUCUAUCUGUUAUUACAAAGCUUGACUAG